AUUCUAGCUAUUUUCAAAUAGAUCGGGAUCGGCGGAUAUCUGAAAUGGAAAGUCAAUCUAUCUAUAUGUGUGUUAAUAUCUCGAGUAGAAUCAUAUGAAGGGGAUGUUAUUUUUUUAUAUCUAACCAAUUUGAUGAAUUACUCCUAAAGGUUUACAUCAAAAUAGUGCUAGUUGAUGAGAGUUAUUUCGGAAACAAAAAGAGUAAAGUCAAAUUCAUUUGGGUUAUUCUCUCAAUUCCAAUAAAAUACAACCGGAUCAAGUAUGAGUUGGCGAUCAGAACGUAUAUGGAUAGAACUUAUAACGGGGUCUCGAAAAACAGGUAAUUUCUGCUGGGCCUUUAUCCUUUUUUUAGGUUCAUUAGGAUUCUUAUUGGUUGGAAUUUCCAGUUAUCUUGGUAGAAAUUUGAUAUCUUUAUUUCCGUCUCAGCAAAUCAUUUUUUUUCCACAAGGGCUCGUGAUGUCUUUUUAUGGGAUUGCGGGUCUCUUUAUUAGCUCCUAUUUGUGGUCCACAAUUUCGUGGAAUGUAGGUAGUGGUUAUGAUCGAUUUGAUAUAAAAGAAGGAAUAGUAUGUAUUUUUCGUUGGGGAUUUCCUGGAAAAAAUCGCCGCAUCUUCCUCCGAUUCCUUAUAAAAGAUAUUCAGUCCGUCAGAAUAGAAGUUAAAGAGGGUAUUUAUGCUCGUCGUGUCCUUUAUAUGGAAAUCAGAGGUCAGGGGGCUAUUCCCUUGACUCGUACUGAUGAGAAUUUGACUCCACGAGAAAUUGAACAAAAAGCUGCUGAAUUGGCUUAUUUCCUGCGUGUACCGAUUGAAGUCUUUUGAGAAAUGAAAACGGAAGAAUAAGAAUGAAUGCUUUCUCGGCAGGAGGGAAAAACUCAAGAAUUCGCUCUAUAACAUAACUUAACUGAAGUUUCUUCAGAACGCUCAUUCGAGCCAAAUCAAACGUAUACGGAACAACCAUAAAACAAACUUUUUUGUCCAC